CCAGUCGCCAGCAGGAGCGAAGCCGGUCCUUGCUGAAGUCUGGUGGGGACAGGUAUCCCGCUCCCUUCCUAAGCUUAACCCUUCAAGAUGGAAGAGACUGAAGAAUCCAGUCCACCUGAAGAAUUGCUCCAUGGCUUAAAGCUUUCUGAUCAGAAGUCAUCAGAGAGCACCAGUCCUUUGACAGCUGGUUCCAAAGAUGCACAUCAUUCAAGAAGCAUGGACCGGGGAGAUCUUCAUUCCUCUUCCCAAGAGGCUAGAGCAGCAGAUGAGUGUUUUCAUGACUGUAAUGACUCCUUUGAGGUAAAGGAACCAGGAAUGGAACAGGAGAGAGACAACAGAGAGGAUCCUGCAGGGAAGCAGACAGAAUUAGAUGAAGAAUACUUAUUAGAACUGGAAAAAAAUAUGCCAGAGGAAGAAAAACAGAAAAGAAGAAAGGAGAGCACAACGUUAAAGGAGAAAGGAAACGAGCAGUUUAAGAAAGGAGAAUAUGGGGAAGCAGAAGACUCCUAUACAAAAGCUGUACAGGUUUGCCCAGCCUGCUACCAAAAAGACAGGUCUGUUUUCUUUUCAAACAGAGCUGCUGCAAGAAUGAAACAGGACAAGACAGAAGCUGCCCUAAGUGACUGCAGCAAAGCAAUCGAACUAGAUCCUAACUAUAUCAGGGCUCUGCUGAGGAGAGCAGAACUAUAUGAAAAAACAGAAAAACUAGAUGAAGCCCUGGAGGAUUAUAAAACAGUACUAGAAAAAGAUCCAUCAGUACAUCACGCGAGAGAAGCUUGCAUGCGAUUACCUAGACAGAUUGAAGAGCGGAAUGAAAGAUUAAAGUCAGAAAUGUUAGGUAAGCUGAAAGAUCUUGGGAACUUGGUUCUUCGACCCUUUGGCCUGUCGACAGAAAAUUUCCAGGUCAAACAGGAUUCCUCAACUGGCUCAUACUCCAUCAACUUUGUUCAAAAUCCAAACAAUAACAACAGAUAGCAUGAGCUAAGCCUGCUCCUAUUAAAAAGCUGGCUUUCAAGCUUUGUGACACCAUGCUUGCAACUACCAAUAAAAGGGUUCAGCAAUCAUUUAACAUGUAAAAUCACUUUAUCCAAAUGAAAAUAGACUUGAGGGUAUACAUUUCCACUUUGGUGAGAUGUUUAAAAUGUGGAUGAAAAAACAAGUCAUUUGAUUUCCCUUUUGCAGUGACAGCUUUAUGCCCAGAGUCGUUUUUUUUUUUUUAACUGCAUUAUUUGUCUUCCCUAAUAAGGAAGUGGUUACCCUGGCCCAUUCAUUCUCAGCAACAUCAGUCUAGCAAGCAAUUCAGUUGGAUCAAAAUGCUCACAUGCCUGUAACCCAAAUUACAGGUGUGUCCAAUGGGUGUCUUGUGGUGUUAGUAAAUCUAUCAGAAGUGCGUCUCUCCACUCAGCCAGUGAGUGUGACAGGCAGGGGCCAUGGAAGCAAGCUCACCUCUGUGGUAUAAUUUAUCUUCAUUGUAAUAAAGGCUUGAUGUUUCUGUUGGGUUCAUUUGUGAUUUUUGUCCUGUAUUUUGGCCUCUCACCAGAGGUAACCUUCGAAUGAUGGUAUUUUUAAAUGAAUAUAAACAUAAGUAACCUACAAAUAAGAAAGCAAAUUUGCAAGACUGGUUUAAAAAAAAUUGCAAGGCUUUUAAUCUUAACAUUGUCUUAUUAUAGAGUUUAUAUCAUUUUUUUCUUGGGCACCCUGGCACCAGAGGUUUACUACUUGACUUUAUCUUGAUACCCUUGGGAGACUAGUUGGAAGCUACUUGCAAACUGCCUUAAUAUUUUUGGUAUGUUAACUUUUACUAUGAGGUCAGUAAAAUUCACCUGCCUGGUUCAGUACAUGUUGUGGGUUUCACAAAGUAGCUUUCUGGUGCUAGGAUAAUGAGAUGCAAAUAUCCUUGAUGUUAAAGUAGGGUUACCAGAUAGCAACUGUGAAAAAUGGGACAGGGGUGGGAGGUAAUAGGCGCCUAUAUAAGAAAAAGUCCCAAAAAACAGGACUGUCCUUUUAAAAACGGGACAUCUGGUCACCUUAUAUUAAAGUGAUUGCAAAAAGGUCCUCAAGCUGUACUGGAGUCUCUGAAUCUAGGAAAGGUUUAAAAUAUCUCUGCAGACGUACUAUUCAAAUAUUGUGGGGUUUGAAUUGGGAUAGGGUUGUGGUAUUUUUGCUAGCUUGUAGCUAAGCAUGUUUUUUUUCUGUAUUGACCCAGUUUUAUAAUAGUAAGGCCAAAACCUGGAUGGAGCUUUUAAAUUACCGUUGAUCUGAAAAUAUCACUUAUUUAACAUAUUAAAUUAAAACUGCGUGAUAGCUAUUUACUUAUUUUCAGUUCUCUCCUUUAAGUUAUUCCUGAAACUCGUUAGCUGCUGCG